UCUCAAUCUCAAAGGAGCGUGAGAUUUGCUGAGACUGCUCGAAUGUUGGGUCGACUGUUGCAGCCAAUCGGGUCGCAGCUUUGGACUGCUGUUCGCCGCCCUGCCGCCCUGCACCGCCUUGCGGCCCAUAGCCGAGCCACCAUGUCCCUUCAGGCCGACAACGUCUAUGAAACCAACAAGUAUGUCUCUGAGUAUCUCGCCUUUCACUAUGGCCAAGACAAGGACGACUACAUGCCGUACCAGGCCGGACCAGUCAAUGCCAUCGAUUUCAACGUCCACAUUGUUGAGGAGUGCAUGAGCCACCUCACCAAGGAUCGCUCGGCUGAUUCUCAAUUGCGUGCACUGGACGUCGGAUGUGCUGUGGGCCGUGCCUGCUUCGAGUUUGCCAAGCAUACCGAUGAGGUCGUUGGUAUUGACUUUAGCCAAGCCUUUGUGGACUGCUGCAAUGAACUCAAGGCCAAGGGCAGCAUGCCUUACGAGCGCCUCGAUGAAGGCGUCAAUUACUCCCAACAUGUCGCUGAGGUGGCUGCUGAUGUUGAUCGGGCGCGCUGCCACUUUCGUCAGGGCGACGCAUGUGCCUUACCUGAGGACCUGGGUCAGUUUGAUGUGGUCUUGUUGGCCAACCUGCUGUGCCGCCUACCCGACCCAGUGGCUUGCCUUGAGCGCAUGCAGCAUCUGGUCAAGCCCGGGGGCAUCCUCGUCACCACCUCGCCCUUCUCAUGGCUCGAUCAGUUUACUGAGCGCACCCAAUGGCUUGGUGGCUACGAUGGAAAGGAGUCGCGCGACAAGCUUGUUGAGGUGGUGACCAAUGCAGGCUUCGAGCUGGUCAAGGAGGGUGACAUGCCUUUCUUGAUUCGCGAGCAUCGUCGCAAGUACCAGCUCGUCUUCCCUCACCUGGCCGUGUUUCGCCGCGUCUAAAGUUUCUUAUCCUUUCGCCAAGCUAUGCCAUGCCCAAGAGCGUUUUGCAGUUGAAAAUCGAAUCAUAUUCAAA